AUGUUGUUGGGCUUGCGACCCCCCUGUUGUGACCAGGACAGCAGCAGCAGCCGGGGGGUCGCUGUCGCUUGCGUCUGGGAGGAUCGACGAGCGCACUGCUCGGAUGCACCCGGCAUGGACAGCAUCGCCCGGGUGUUCACGGUCGGAAACGGCUGUAAAGCGGUCCGUUAUGACGAUGAAACCACCGUCGAGAUCAAUUGGACGGAGUACUUACUUCUCGUAUCACCACCACAGAUCCACGAGUACUUAGUAAAAGAUCCACAAGUCGCGGUUCCUAGCACGGAAUACAUGAAAGAAGUUAAUCAAGUUCUCAGUGAAACUACGCCAAGAACUGUAACCAACUAUGUUAUGGUUCAGUACAUACUAUCAUGGUUACCAUUACUAGAGAAAAAGUACAACGAUUUAUUACAAUGGUUUGGCUUUUCAUCGGUCGACUUAACAACUCCACGGAACAGAAGCGAAGUAUGCUUUUCUGAAACUAAGAAGCACUAUCCAAUAGCCAUGUUCGCAAUGUACGCACGUUCCAGGACAACCAAA